CGCUGCGGCCGCUCAACCCUUUCCUUACAAGUGUGUGUGUCUCGGAGCGUGUGAAUGGGGCGAGCCGCUGAUUCAGCAGCGGUCUGAGAGGGAAUUUGGCCGAUCGUUUCGGCCGAUCGCAGCAGCCACGGUCGGCGGCGAAUUUCGCACGGAGAGCGACGGUCGAGUGCGGGCAUUCCUGACAUGCAGCGGAUGAUUUGAAAAUGGGCAAAAAGAACAAGGCCAAGCAGGCCAACUCAAAAGCCAACCUGGUCAACCACUUGGCUCCAAAGAAAGUCUCGCCUCUGAAAAGAAAUGAGCUCAACAACAUUGCGGACAAACUACUAAAACUUUGCAGCAGCUCGAACGGAGGAAAAGAAUGGGACACAUACAUUGAAGUUACAAAAUUAUUAGCUAAGGCCGUUGAACUUGAGUCAGAUAUGAGAGUGCCAGUAAAUGACCGUUCUGAUGCCAUACCAAAGUUCCUCGAAUGGCUGGAGAAAAACGAAGCCUCUUUUCCCGGAGUCAGCAUUUCUUCUUUUGACGGUUUUGAACUCGGCCUGAAGGCGGAAAAGGAUUUCGAAGAGGGUGACCUGCUCAUGGCCAUCCCCCGAAAAAUCAUGUUAACUUUGGAGAAUGCAAGAAUAUCGGAGCUCGGAGCUCUACUUUGCAAAGACCCGAUGCUGCAACACAUGCCGAAUGUAGCUCUUUCAUUGCUGCUGCUGCUGGAAAAGUUCAAGCCGGACUCGCACUGGGCCCCGUACAUCGACCUGCUGCCGUCCGAGUACACCACAGUGCUGUACUUUUCUCCGUCGGAACUUGCUGAUCUGAAAGGCUCUCCAGCUCAGGAGGCUGCUCUGAAGCAAUGCAGGAAUAUUGCCAGACAAUAUGCAUACUUCAGCAAACUUUUUCAGACUGUUUCUGGCCCAGCUUGUGAUCUUCUAAGAGAAGUCUUUACCUACGAACAGUACAGAUGGGCCGUGUCAACUGUGAUGACUCGCCAAAAUUUUGUUGUCAGCUCAGAUGGCAAGAGCAUCGUCAACGCACUCAUACCUCUUUGGGAUCUCUGCAACCAUGAGCAAGGACGACUUUCAACAGACUUUGUGCCUGAAAAGGAUAGAAGCGAGUGUUUAGCCUGGCGGAGUUUUCCAAAAGGAGAGCAGAUUUUCAUAUUUUACGGAGCACGGCCCAACGCAGAGUUUCUCGUACACAAUGGAUUUGUGCCAUCGGACAACUCACACGACACCCUCGCCAUCCGCCUUGGAAUCAGUCACGCUGAUCCCUUGGGUGACAAAAAAAGGACCUUGCUGAAUACGCUUGCUCUGCCCUGCAGCGGCGAAUUUCUACUUCAUGCUGGACCUGAACCUGUUGAUGCCAAACUUAGAGCCUUUUUGAGAGUAUUUUCAAUGACCGAUGAACUUGACCACUGGUUAUCAAAGCAAGAUGGUGGCAAAGAUUUGGAGUACGUCGACUGCGCCUUGGACACAAACUUGGAGUCGAGGGCAUGGACAUUCCUGAAAACAAGAGUGACACUUCUUUUGGCCUCCUACUCUACAUCUUUACAGGAGGAUGAGAUUUUGCUUCAGUCAAGAGGAAUAAACCCAUACAAGAGACUGGCAGUUCAACAGCGACUUGCUGAAAAGAAAAUCCUGCACUCAACUUUGAAUUAUGCACAACAAAGGCUCAUCCAGUGAUCAUUUAAAAGAAAGAAAAAAUAUCACAUAACUUGUCUUAACUUACCUCUGUUACAACUCACCAGCUAUUCAUGUUUUGUUUUGUUAUGUUGUGCCGUUGUUGUUGCUUUUUUGCCAAGUAUUAUUUGUUCUAACUUUUUAGUUUCUCUUUGUGAAUUAGAGGGCAUUUAAUUAGUUUUUAUUUGACCGAAUAGCAAAGAUAAUGACUAACUUGUAAUUUUAUUUCCUUUGUUUUGCCAUAAAUUAUGCCAAGAGGACAUAUCAUCACAACAUAAUUAUGUACUAUUGAUUGUGAUAUUAAUUUGAUUGUAUAUUUUGCAAAUCCUUGUUUAAAUAAUACAAUCAAAGCAGUUUUUAGUACCCUACCCCCUUUCUGCAUCAUUUGAGCAUUUUAGACCAAUUCUAAUGAUUUUCGAUUAAGGUAAAAAUUUUAUCUCUGCUUUGUUAACUUUUGCACACAUUAGAAAUAGGAA